CCAUACGCGCGCACGUAGCCACAUCCGCACAGAGCGCAUCCUGCAAUCCGUUCCCCAACCAGCCACCCUUCCACUGGUAGUCAUCAAGGCAGACCCGGUGGAGACGCCUACUUUCAUUCACUCUCCAAACUGGACACAAGAAUCUCGAUCGCUCUAACGCUCCUCCAGCCUCUACCAGCAGCAGCACCAUGGCAACCAAGAGACCAGAGGACAGGAUCUCUUCUUCAGGACCACAGUCAUGUCCCUCUACAGCAGUAAGACCCACAGACACCAGGCAGCUUGGGGCAGAGACACAGGAGAGACUGGUGUACAUGCAGUGCUGUGGGCAGGAAGCCCCUAACUUGACAGAGAGGAACGGUCAUAGGAAAAUCAUGGCUAGGAACCGUCAGGGCCCAGUCUUCGUGCCCCAGGGGAGAACUGAGAGGGUCUGGACCCACCCCCCGGCUCCCCAGCAGACUACAACUCCCACAAUACCCUCCUGCCCUGUGUCUGCCCCUUACAGUUUCUGGAGCCCAGGGUCGGUGGAGAUGGAUGAAAUCAUGGCAGCCAUGGUUCUGACCAGUCUGUCCUGCAGCCCUGUGGUCCAGAGUUCUCCUCAGAGUCAGAAUGACUCGCUACCAGGUUCAUCAUCAUGGGGCGGAGACAUGGAGUGUAGGGGCGGAGACAUGGAGUGUGGGGGCGGAGACAUGGAGUGUGGGGGCGGAGACAUGGAGUGUGGGGGCGGAGACUUGGAGUGUGGGGGCGGGGAGCUUUCGGACAGCGGCAGCAGUGGCUACUGGAGCUGGGACCACGGUAACGUUAGUCCCGCUCUGUCCCCUUCUGUCGCCGAGAUGGACAGCCGCCCAGAUGAAGGACUGCAUAUGGAGCUGGGGGGUGAGCUACAGACAGCCGCAAGGUCAAAGAGUUCUUUCAGAGGAACGUACAGAUGUCUGUGGCCCAGCUGUGGCAAGGUGCUCACGUCUUCAGUUGGGAUGAAGAGACAUGUCCGUGUGAUGCACCUGGGCAGUGGAUCGGAGCAGUCCCCAAGAGAGGAGGACUUCUACUACACAAAGAUUUCCUGUGAAGCUCCAGCAGACCCCUCUCUCGUUUCCCCUCUUCCCCCGGACCCCUCUCCCGUCCGCCCUCUUCCCCCAGACCCCUCUCCCGUCUCCCCUCUUCCCCCAGCCCCCCUCCCGGCUUCGUCCCCUCACGUCCCCUGGGCAUCCUGUGGCUCCCCUCUAAGCCUUGAUCCAGAUUCCGGACUCCAGAUCACCUCCUCGGGGUCAGGGAGCUCCAGGCCCAGCUCAGGUCCAGAGUCAGCCCCAUACCAGCACAGACCUCUCAGCCAGUCUGCCCCUAGCUCCUCCUGGCAGAUACAGACAGACCAUCUCUAUCAGGCCGCCCCCUGUUGUUGGACCCCUCCCCCUCUCACCGUCUCUAACCAACACAGCCAUCACAACCCCCAGGUGGUGACGGGUCGCUGCAGGUCUGUGAGUGUGGGAGAGCAGUGGCUUCAACAGAACAGCGCCACCAACAGGCUAACCACCUUGAGAGCAGCCUCCCCGUCGGGCUCUCACUGCUCCUUCAGGAAGGGACGAGGGGAGGCUAAGAAGUGUCGUAAGGUGUACGGCGUGGAGCACAAGGAGCAGUGGUGCACAGCCUGCCGCUGGAAGAAAGCCUGCCAGCGCUUCACAGACCAAACGAGUGUGUGAACGAAGGAUGAUGAAAGAAAGAGACUGAAGAAGAGAGAUCAGGAUCAGGGCCUGUAAAAGCCAUCACCAACAACAACUUCCUUUUUUUCUACCUUGUUUAUUUUCCCCUCGAGGAAUAUAGUUCUGUUUUUUUAUACGUUGACCUGAGAAGUACGUCAGUGUGCGAUGGUGGUGCUAGUAGCUAGUAGGUUAGACUGUGUUAUGUGGUAGGCCUACCAAUGUUCUUCCGUCCCAGACCUGUUUGUGCUGUGUAGCAUGGCAACAACCAUAGGAGUUAGCUAUACACAGGGAUGGGCUCUGGCUAGUUGCCCUGGGUAACAUUUGGGUCCAAAGUAUGCGCCAUACAAUAUUUCUAAGAACAAACUUUGACUGGCCUGGUGUGAUCUGAAUAGUACUAGCGGGCUAGCUUCAUAUCCUACUAGUAUGGUCUGUACGGUACUAUAGGGCUAGCUUCAUAUCCUACUAGCCUGGUGUGAUCUGAAUAGUACUAUAGGGCUAGC